AUGAAAACAACACUGUUGAUCAUCCUGUUGGCAUCCAUCUAUCUGCUCCAUGCAAGAGCUGACGUUACCGAUGUUCCUGUAUAUCCAGACUUUGAUGUCCAUAAGCUUGCUGGGAUAUGGUAUCCCAUUGCAGUUGUCUUGAAAAACAGGGAGCCAGUGAACACAAUCCCCAUCGAUAAUGUAGUGGAGCCUUCUGAUGCAGGAGAUUUGGUUCUCAAGAUGCGCUACAUUAAAGAUGGAGCAUGUCAGGUGACCGAUGUUAACGUGGUGCACACAGACCAAGCUGGUGUCUUCACAGUUCCUGCUACCAGUGAAACCGUACGCAUGGUGGAUGUAGAUUAUGAAAGCUACCACAUUGUACAUGUUGUGGUGAAAGAUAGCUAUAGCCUGUAUCUCUUAAGCAGAACACGAGAACCAUCAGAUGACGUGAAAACAAAAUUCAAGGAACUUGCUGAAACUCUGGGAUUUGAUGUGAACAAAAUAAUCUAUGAAAACCUAGCAGGGAAAUCAGAAUUUGGAGGAAUGUUUGUGGAAUGCACAACCAGUAUCAUUAGCAUCAAGGUCCUCCAGUGA